CGCGGGGUGAAGGUUGCGUGCAUCCACAGCGGAGCGCGCUGCCAGAGCUUCGAUCUCGGGCCUGCUGUCUGUUGGCGGCCGCCCGGGGCGGCGUAGCGGCUGGUGCGCAGGUGCACUGAAGCCAAACUAUGAACUUUCAGAACUUCUGGAGAGACUACAAAGUUCUGGUUGUUAUGGUACCUUUGAUCGGGUUCAUACAUUUAGGGUGGAACAGAAUCAAAAGCAGCCCUGUUUUCCAAAUACCUAAUAAGGACAACAUUCCUGAGCCAGAUAGUCUGGCACUUGCAAGUCGACCAAAGAGCCAAGUCCAAGGGAAAUAAUAGGCUUGCAGUUCAGAAAGAAGCAGCUUUGAAUCUGAAUUUGAUAUUAAAAGAAGAAAUGAGAAACAACAGUUGGAUUAGAAAGAACUGGCUUCUUAUAGCUGGGGUAUCUUUCAUAGGUGUCCAUCUUGGAACUUACUUUAUACAGAGGGCUGCAAAACAGUCUGUGAAAUCUCAGUCUGGAGACAAACAAAAGAAUGUUGAAUAAUGAAGUGAAAUAAAUUUUUGAAAUUACUACUAUAUGAUUAAGUCAUUAUAUGCUGAUUAGCUUUAGAAACUAGAAAUAUUUAAUUUUAUAUCCACAAUGCUGCAUAUUCAGACUUUCAUUCCUAAAGAAUAUAUUUUAAUGUUAAAACACAUGACAGUGCAAUACAUAGAAAAAUGUUUAACAAAAUAAAAACCCUUCCCAAGUUACACUUGAAAUAAGAUGUUUUGUUUAGAACCUAGGAAGCCAUCAUUGUGUAAAAGUGAAGCACUGACAAAUGAGAGAGCCAGGGCCACACUUUCUGUCUUGAAAGGAGUUAUAGUAUCAUGCUAUGGCCCUUCCGGCCGGCCGAAGCAACUGCACAAUGGCCUGGGAGGUCAUGUGUGCACGACCUCACAGUCCUCUGCUCUGCUUGGGAAUCUUCCGGUCACCCACCCCAUACUAAAGAUUCUGACAACGUCUGUGCAGAAUCAUGUGUCCUGCUUCCGUGACUGUGGCUUAUUCACAGCUAUUCUUUGCUGCAACCUGAUUGAAAAUGUUGAGAGAAUAGGUUUGACUCCCACCACUGCCAUUAAAUUAAAUAAACAUCUCUUGAAUCUGUGCACCAGUUAUCUCAAGUCUGAGGCCUGUGGUUGUCGAAUCCCAGUGGACUUUAGUAGCACUCAGAUUCUCCUUUGUUUGGUACGCAGCAUAUUAACAAGUAAACCAGCCUGUAUGCUCACCGGAAAGGAAACGGAUCAUAUCAGUGCUUUGAUUCUGAGAGCCUUUUUGCUUACAGUUCCAGAAAGCACAGAAGAAAAUGUCAUUUUAGGACAGAGUAUAAUUGUACCUUUAAAGGGUCAAAGAGUUACAGAUUCUACUGUGUUACCUGGACUACUCAUUGAAAUGUCAGAAGUUCAAUUGAGGAGAUUAUUACCUAUCCAAAAAUCAAGUGCCCUCAAGGUGGCAUUGUUUUGUACAUCUUUAUCUGGAGACUUUCCUGACCCUGGAGAAGGCUCUAUGGUGGUUAGUUAUGGAGUGUCUCUUGAGAAUGCAGUCCUGGACCAAUUGCUUAAUCUAGGAAGGCAGCUAGUUAGUGACCAUGUAGAUCUUGUCCUGUGCCAAAAAGUUACACACCCAUCUUUGAAACAGUUCCUCAGUAAACAUCACAUUAUUGCCAUUGACAGAGUUGGAGUGGCUCUGAUGGAACCCCUGAGCAGAGUGACAGGAGCACAGCCUAUUGGUUCCUUAGACUCAAUAUCUUCUAGUAGUUAUGGAAACUUGAAAGAUUUGUGCUUUGCAAAAUUUGGCUCCAAACAUUUUUUUCAUCUUAAUCCUAAUGAAGCGACUAUCUGCAGCUUGCUUCUCUGCAACAGAAAUGACACUGCAUGGGAUGAGCUGAAGCUCACAUGUCAAACAGCAUUACAAGUCUUGCAGUUUACAAUUAAGGAACCAUGGGUUUUGUUGGGAGGUGGCUGUACUGAAACUCAUUUGGCCGCGUAUAUCAGACAUAAAACUCAUAACGAGGCAGAAAGCAUUCUCAAAGAUGAUGGAUGUACUCAAGCAGAACUUCAACUAAUGACUGAAGCAUUUUGCAGUGCCCUAGAGUCUCUUGCUGGAUCUUUGGAACAUGAUGGAGGUGAAAUUCUCACUGACAUGAAGUAUGGACACUGUUGGUCAGUUCAGGCAGAUUCUCCCUCUGUCGUUAACUGGUCAGAUUUGCUUUCACAGUGUGGCUGUGGUUUACACAAUAACCAGGAAGAACUCAGCUGGUCUUUCUUAAGAAGCUCGGGUAAUUCUUUUGCACCACAAACCUGCUUUCCACAUGCAGCUAAGGACUCAACCAGCAACCUGACCGUGGACUGUUUGACUGCCAAGCUUAGCGGCCUACAGGUGGCUAUAGAGACAGCCAAUUUAAUUUUAGACCUUUCAUAUAUCAUUGAAGAUAAAAACUGAUGCAAAAGAAUGACAUGCUUUUAUUAUAAACAAACUAGUCCAUUGUCCAUUAAGAAAAAUAGUUAAUAUAUUGUUCUUUUCCAAGUGCCUUUUGUACAUAUGUAUAUAGACAUUUUAUAAAAUUAUAGAUGUGCUUAC